GAUGGAGGACCGCCAAGGAGCCCACAUCGCUGUUGUGGGCUGGGCGUACACAACCCUGUGCCUGGUCUCCUAUGCAGCUGCUUUCUCGCACGGCGCGAGCCUCUCCGCCUGCGCCGACAUGAUGCCCAGGCACCUGAGAGUGCAGCUGCACAGCCCCAGCAACAACUACAUUACUGUCCACACCAACAUGUCCUUCUACUCCCCAGGUGACAGGGUUCCAGUGACAGUGAGGAGCACCCGAGAUUUUAUGGGCUUUUUGCUUCAAGCUCGCAAAGUGUCUAACAAUGAAAUUGCUGGCACAUUUGUCUUCAUGCCUCCUGGUUCCAAGCUGCUGACUUGUUUCGAAGAUGGUGACACCGUCACCCACUCAGACAAGUCACUGAAGAGAAACCUGUCCUUUGUAUGGAAAGCACCAGACCAACCCAUUGGAGACAUCAAAUUUUUCAUCUCCAUAGUCCAGUCAUACUUUGUUUACUGGGCAAAGAUCGAAUCUGCUAUUGUGGCUCAGCGAGGGCAAAACAAAACACUUGCUGGCAGCAGCAAGAAGCUCGACCCUGUAACCCCCGUGCCCUCGCAGGGACCAGCUGACCCACACCGCACAGGUCCCACCUCACCCGCGGCUGCCACCGGCUCCCCCCUGCACUCCCCCAUACCACCAGCCAGCCCCACCGACAUCGCAGCAACGCCGGCACCAGAGCCAGGAUUUGGUGUCGGGUCUGACGCCCGUCUCGUGGCUGAGCUGAAGCAGCUGGCUUGGCCUUUGCAGGCUGCGUCCGGUGGGAGCAGAGAGCCCAGAGGCCAGGGGCUGGAGACAUCUCUCCCCACCCAAGAACCCAGCACGGUGGACCCCUUGCAAGGUUUCCUCUCCCAAGAAGACACCUCCAGCUACAGCACCUCCAAGGGAGCAGAAAGCAUUGCCAGCGCUGCCACCCCACACUUGUGUUUGGUGUGUAAAGAAGACCGGCAGGCCAGUACCGAGAGCGGGGCCGUCUUGAAGGCCUCCCAGCAUGUGACAACAUCUCCUGCUCCGCAUGGACACGCUCACCUGGGGGACACUGCUGCAACAAUAGCCUGGUUUGGCGAUGCCAACGCUGCCGGCAAUUUGUCAUUGGCUUCAAGGCAAAUGGCAGAAAGAAAGCCAGGACCGCAGCCGGAGGAGGAGGGCACCAGUGGCGAGGAGGCAGCAGCGGGUGGGAACACCCCGCCAUGGGUGACCAGACCAGCUCCCAAAUCUGCUGUUCCUGGGAAAGGGGAAGACCCUGACAGAGGGACUCGACUCCUGGCAGCCCAACUCGGGAUCCUCCUGGUCUGCACUGCCACCCUGGGCCUGGCGCUGGCAGCUGCCGUGCGCUGUGUCUGCGCCCAGCACUGCCACAAGCGGACGGAGGUCUCCUUCAGCGAGCCCGACCCCGACGUCAUCGCCGUCAGAGAAAACGGGGAGGUGAUGCGCUUCCGAAAGAUCCGGGAGAACAGCUUCGUCCUGGUGCAAGCCGAGUACAACUGGGUCAGCCCCUCAAGCAGCGGGAAGAAGACAAUCAUCAGCAGUGCUACAGUGGCUGGUGUAGGAGAGGACGGCCCAGACUGCACAGCACAGGUCAUAACAAGCUGUAGUGGAGUUCCCUUACAUGCCUCCAUUUAGGCAAACAAACUCAAAGCAGCCAGUUCAGACAGAGCUGUUAGUCAAAAUCAUCUAAGCUACAGCUGCUAAGAAAAUAGAAGUUGAUAGAUUGUUCAGUGUGUUACACUCACUGCAAUUAAUAUUGUAUAUCUGCUCAUUAGCUGUCACUGCAGCCAUGACAUACGCUUCCUCUGUUGCCUUAAGGGUGUAGCCAAAAAUAGAAAUUCUUCCUCUGCACUGUAGUGUUGUCUCCUGUUCAAUCUCAGCAAAAGUUUCUAGUUUUAUAUUUCUUUCUAGGAACUAGAAAUCCCUGGUAUAAACCCAACAAUUCUCAUUUAGGAGCUACAGGUUUGAUUCUGUACACUUGUUAUCUCUCAGUUGACAAAAUAUUUGCCAGUAGAUUUUAAGUUUCAAUCUGAAAAUAAAAAGGAAUUAAUUCAU